GGAAAGGGUCCAUUCCUCGGGGAGAGAGGGCUGAGUUUUGUGCGCCUCCGUCCGCUGCGCGCGCCGCUCCAGGCCCCGCCGCGCCCCGCCUGCGCCCGGGACUGCGCCGCAGCACUCACUGCCCCGUUUAUUUGUCUUUGGAGCAGGCGGGCCGCGCCAGAAGCGGGCGAUCCCGCAGUGUCCUGCAGCCGCGGACGCCGCCUGGCUAGGAUGACACCACGUUGAGCGCGCCUGCAAACAACAACAACAACAAGCGCCGCCGCGGCCACCGCGUCCUGCUCCUUCGAAGCGCCGCCGCCGCCGGUGGAGCCGCCUCCGCGCCCCUGGCCGUCCGGAGCGCCCGGCCGCUGGUGUAUGUCGCGCCUGCCCGGGACGGGCUGAAGCCGGCGGCGGGGCCGGACCGCAGGCGCCGAGCAGGGCGAGGGCGGCCAGGGCAGCCGCCUGCCGCCAAGCCCCGAGCGCCGCUGCUCGAGGAAACGCUUUCGGCCGGGAGCUGCGGCCGCCGCCAGCAGUUUUCAUGUUUGGGAUUCAGGAGAAUAUUCCGCGCGGGGGGACGACCAUGAAGGAGGAGCCGCUGGGCAGCGGCAUGAACCCGGUGCGCUCGUGGAUGCACACGGCGGGCGUGGUGGACGCCAACACGGCCGCCCAGAGCGGCGUGGGGCUGGCGCGGGCGCACUUCGAGAAGCAGCCGCCUUCCAACCUCCGGAAAUCCAAUUUCUUCCACUUCGUGCUGGCGCUCUACGACAGGCAGGGGCAGCCGGUGGAGAUUGAAAGGACCGCUUUUGUGGACUUUGUGGAGAAAGAGAAAGAGCCAAACAACGAGAAAACCAACAACGGCAUCCACUAUAAACUCCAGUUAUUGUACAGCAACGGAGUCAGAACAGAGCAAGAUCUGUAUGUUCGCCUCAUAGAUUCAAUGACCAAGCAGGCCAUCGUCUACGAGGGCCAGGACAAGAACCCGGAGAUGUGCCGUGUGCUGCUGACCCACGAGAUCAUGUGCAGCCGGUGCUGUGACAAGAAAAGUUGUGGCAAUAGAAACGAAACGCCCUCAGACCCUGUAAUCAUUGACAGAUUCUUUCUAAAGUUUUUCCUCAAGUGCAAUCAGAACUGUUUGAAGAAUGCAGGCAACCCUCGAGAUAUGCGGAGAUUCCAGGUUGUUGUAUCGACAACAGUCAACGUGGACGGCCACGUGCUGGCCGUGUCAGACAACAUGUUUGUGCACAACAAUUCCAAACACGGGAGGCGGGCCCGCCGCCUAGACCCGUCAGAAGGUACGGCCCCUUCUUAUCUGGAAAAUGCCACUCCGUGCAUCAAGGCCAUCAGUCCCAGUGAAGGCUGGACCACGGGGGGUGCCACCGUCAUCAUAAUUGGCGACAACUUCUUUGACGGGCUGCAAGUUGUGUUCGGAACUAUGUUGGUGUGGAGCGAGCUGAUAACUCCCCAUGCCAUCCGAGUCCAGACCCCGCCGAGGCACAUUCCUGGCGUCGUCGAAGUGACCCUCUCCUACAAAUCCAAGCAGUUCUGCAAAGGUGCUCCUGGGCGCUUUGUCUACACCGCCCUUAAUGAACCAACCAUAGAUUACGGCUUUCAGAGGUUGCAGAAAGUGAUCCCAAGACAUCCGGGUGAUCCCGAAAGGUUACCCAAGGAGGUAUUACUGAAGCGGGCGGCGGACCUGGUGGAAGCCUUAUACGGAAUGCCUCACAACAACCAGGAGAUCAUCUUGAAGCGAGCGGCGGACAUCGCCGAGGCGCUGUACAGCGUUCCCCGCAAUCAUAACCAGAUCCCCACCCUGGGCAACACCCCUGCACACACGGGCAUGAUGGGCGUCAACUCCUUCAGCAGCCAGCUAGCCGUCAACGUGUCGGAGACGUCACAAGCCAACGACCAAGUGAAACAGAAGAGCGCCUUCGCGCCCGUGGUCCGGCCCCAAGCCUCUCCUCCUCCUUCGUGCACCAGCGCCAACGGGAACGGACUGCAAGGUGAGGGUGGCGCGGGGCCGGGGGCCAGUGCCGGGUCCUCUCCAGGGGUGGGGAUGGGAGUGGGGGUGGGGGUGGUGGCUCGGCCUUUCUCCUGGCACCUCUGUGACUGCUGCAUGUUCUCCCGUGGCCCACCUUGAUGCGCGCCACCUCUGCCUGGUGUUCAGAGCGAGGACCCCUGUGCACUGAGCCCCAGAAAGGACCAGAUUCCUCCUUUAGGUUUUUGUCCGGCUCACCCUUCCAACGGCACCUAGUGUACUCACGGUGGAGCACCCUGUGCCCCUAAGGGGGUGGGACCACGUGAGAGAAGGCGGGAGUGCGGUGAAGGUAGCUGUGGUCAUUGUCAGUCUGAUUCAGCCAAUGGGCCUUUGCCCGGGGCCUGGCACUUCUCAGCGCAGGAUGCAGCCCUGCCCAUAGCUCCUGGGCUUGCAGCCUCCUACGCACAAAGCAGCGAAAACAGCCCUGGCAUGGGGAUGGCGGGGCACCAUACUACCUGUGGAGCCCAUCUCAAAAUCUGCCUGCCCUCGUCGUCCCGAGGCUGGGCCUUGGUUCUCCACCUUAUCUGCUGGACCACACGUCCAGCAGGGCUGCACUGUCUUUUGGAAAGGGGUGUGUGUCUAGACCCAGGGCCAGGUGUGUACCAACACCAGGUUGCAGUCCUGUCUGUGGACAGGAGCUGAUUUUCCUACGUGAUCUCUUUCAAAGAAUCAGGAGGGAGAAGGGCCGGCCCCGAGGGCACAGCUGUCCACAGAUGAGGCCACACGGAGUGGGCACCCUGUGCCUGCCCAGCGCCUGGCCCAUCUGGGCUGUGCAGGCUGCACGUGGCCUGUGAUGUGUGUGACGGGCAGAGCCACAUGGGUGCCCCCAGGCCUCAUGAACUUGUGAGUGGCCCUUUGUGAGGUGCUGAGGCCCGCAGGCACUUAAAUUAAGUGGCCGUCAUCUGGCCUCUUUCAGACACCACCUUUGGUAUAUGCUCCUCCCAGUGACUCAAAUCCAGUAACUCCUUUAGAAACAUGAACCCAUUCAACCAGUAUUUACUGAGCACCUACUAUGUACCAGGCUCUCUGCUGGGUGCUGAGGACGUAGCCGCGGAGAAGACAAACUGGCCCUUUUGUGAAGUCGGUGGCAUAUUUCACUUUGAUGAACUAAUGCUCAAAAAAGGAACUGGAAAGGUAUCAGUGAUUUGAAAUCAUUGUCUUCACAACAUCCGUUAGCGUAUGAAGGGACGCCCAGGCCCCCGAAGUGCCGCCGACUGGCCUGCGUGCCAUCAGCGGGCACCACACCAGGGUCGCUGCAGAGGCAGGUGGUGAGGUGCCGCGGCCCUGCCCGUGACACGGGGUCGGGCUGGCUGAAAGACGGCACCUCCUACGCGGUGUGUACGCACAGGGCUUCCAAACCAUAAAGUUGUAACGGUGAGUCGGAGAUAAAUUAAUAUUGUUGAAAUUAAUGAACUGAGAAAUUGAAGCUCACGUCACUACAUGAACAAAUGUAUUAAUAUGUUAUAUAUAAAUUAAUGAGAAUGAUCAUUCUGACAAAAAUUAAACAACACUAGCGGUAAAAGAUUUUAAAUUACAUUCGUACCAGGAGUUCACCUGAAAGCGUCAGCCCCACUUGGCGUUUUCGUGCAAAGUUUUCUCUUCUUUCCUGAGAAGAGAAAAAAGGUCCCGAGGCGGUGCCGUGACUCACGUCUCUCCGUGGCCCUUGCCUGGAGGUUCCAGGGCAGGUGGGCUGUGAGUGGCUUUGAUUCUGGAGAGCCCCUGACUCACCAUUACGAUACAGAGAGAUGACCGCACGGUCAGAGCCCAGACCUGGAAGCAGAGGGGGAAACUGAGGCCAGUCUGGUUCUCACAUAGGGAGCGAGAGCAGGGCCUGUGAGCCGGCCUUGGCUGGCGUCGCGGGAGUGACCAGGCUGGGUCACCUCUCUCGACAGAGGGGGCUCCGGGCCUCCGUUGGCUUUGCACCUGUUGGCAGUGCACCGGUCAGUGUGGGGAAGCUGCAGCCUCUGCACACAGCAGUGCCAGGAGCCCUUCCCUUUUCCAAAAGAAACCUUUGAGGAGGGCUGCAGGAGGGGCAGGACCGGGGGUUUUUGUCCCCACGUGCGCCCCCACCUCAGGAAGCAGAUUCCCCAGCACGCCCUAACCACGCCCGAGGCUGGUGGACGGAACUGUGCAAGACCAGCCUCCCAGUUGAAUAGGGGGGAAGGAAGGGCAGCCCCGCCUGCGUCGGCGUUGGCGGGAGGGCGCGUGGGGGAGCCUGCAGUAACUGCUCUGUCCUUCUUUCUUUCAGCUAUGUCUGGGCUGGUAGUCCCGCCAAUGUGAGGGACUUCUGUUUACCUUCCGCAGCACCCAGCAUCAAAGGACGGACUUCAGGGGACACGUUUAGUAUAUUAAGACAUGCUGAUGGAAACAGUAUCUUCAAAAAAAUCAGCAGCAAUUGAAAUGCUACAAAAGACUUUGUUUAAAGAUUUUAUUUAAACUAUUAAGAAUCAACAUGCAAACAGCCUACUUCUUCAUGAACAAUUCCAUUUUAUUGACUGAACUUUUCUCAUAUUUUCACAUUUCUCAGUCCUGAAGAAUAAGGAAAACAAAGCGACGCCUAUUUUGUAUAAAGUUUCUGACUCCGUCUUGGCCAUGUCUAGUAAUUGCUAUGUGUUGGGAGAAACUUUGUGAAUGCACCAUUUUGAUGAUCAUGAAACGCUGAUGAAAAAUGCCUCCAAACAUUUUUCUGUACUCAUACUUAGAUUCACAAUGGUUGUGUAUCUCUAUAAUGUGAAAUAUUUUUUUGUGGUGAUUAAAAGGGGGCCAAGGAGGUAUGAGCCAUCAGACUGGAAAAAAGGAUGACUAUAUGAUGAGGAGAAACUGGGGUGGCAGGGAGGGAGGGAGGGUUUAUCAUUGCUUAACUUCAUCUUAAUGAAAUGAAACUUUGUAACUUAUUGUAGUUAGAAAUUGUAACUUUGAUAUUGAAUUCUCUUGCCUUCAACAAGCACACUGACAGAGAAAAAAUGCUACUGUCUGUUGGUUCCAAUAUUCUCCCACUGCUAGAGCUUCCUGUUAAGCAAGUGUGAUCUGCAACAUUUUUUCAACUUUUGCUAGCACUGUAUACUAUUGCAUUCUUAGGCUACUGUGAGGUCUAUGUUUCUUGUACCAGAAAUUGUCCUUUUGACUUCUAGAUCCUUCUUCCCUAAUGUGUUUUGUAUGUGGUUAUAAAAUUGUAGACUUUUGUGAUUUUGCCAAAGUUGUAGCUAAAUAUUUAUACACUUGUCUUGAAUUUUUUUCAGAUCCACUUAAAAUAUUUAGAAAAACGUUUUAUUCCUUAUGUGUCUUAUAAGGAAUAAAAUGGUCUUCAUUUGACACUUACUUACUUACUUUCCCAUGAACACUUGCAGUUGCUAAGGGACUUUAUUUUGUAACAUAUCAAUUAUAAAUAUUGUAUUUAUCUUUGAAAUUUUGUACAUUGCUUUUUCUCACCUUUUCCGUUUUCUUCUUUCUUGUCUGUAUUGGUUUUUGAUCAUGGCCUGGUGUUGUGAUACUGGGAAGAGCAUUAGCCAAGAACUUGUCUCUUUGAUCUGUUUCGUUAAGCUGAACCAGUGUCUUUACAUUUCAUUUGUACUUAAAAAAUAUGCUAUUGUUUAGACUUUCCAUCCUUUUUUUUUAUUUUGAGGAAAAGUCAAAUUCAUUGUUUAUUUUUAUAUUAUUUUUAAGUUAUCUGAACAAAUACUUUUGAAAAAAAAGUUUGUUGUAUAGUCAAAACAAAUCGGUGCCACCCGGCCGUGACAAAUCCUAGUAGAUUCUGUGCAUGUGGAGCGGCCGCGAAGAGGCGACACCAUUUGGGGCUGUGUCCUUAUUUUAUUUUAUUUUUUUUGUAGAAUGUAAAAAGUCAUUUUAGAUGCCACCCAUGACUUUGCCACAUAGCUGAACUGUGUUUACUGGAAAAAUUCAGAGGCCUAAAGUUUAAAAUAAAAUUUACUUCUGAUGUUUUAAUUAAAAUGUUUGCCACAUUAA